UGCAAGUACUGAGAGGGAAGAUAGCAGCAACAAUAUGGCGACAACCGCAGUUUCUCCCGAAUCUUUUCGACAUCUGCAGUCCAACAACGCCUUUCUGGGUUCCUUGUAACGCUUAUAAAAGCUGGUUACAGUGGAUGGUACAAUACUUGACGACCAAGUAGCUGCAGGAUGAAAACAUGGCUGCACCCCUUAUGGCACCACCAGGACCUGACAGCUUCAAGUAUUUUACCGCGGAAUCAUUGGCUAACAUCGAGCUCCGGAUCAACGAGGAGAAGAACAAACCGCCGCCCAAGCAGGACAGCAGUCACCGUGACGACGACGAUGACAAUAAACCCAAGCCCAACAGCGACCUGGAGGCUGGGCGGAAUCUGCCCUUCAUCUAUGGCGACAUCCCUAGUGGAAUGGUGGCGACACCACUGGAGGAUUUGGACCCCUUUUACCAGGCUCAGAAAACAUUCAUAGUGCUAAACAGAGGGAAGACUAUCUUCCGCUUUAGUGCCAACCCUGCCUUGUACAUCAUAAAUCCUUUUUAAUGCUUUUCAGGCGAAUAGCUAUAAAAAUUUUUGAU